AGCCUAAUUGAAGGGUGUUUAAUGUGCUGCACAAGGAACAUCUUCCAGCAGAGCAGUAUCUCCUUGCUGACCUUGGUAAGACCAUUCUGCCUCUCCCCUGGCAUAGUAGUCCUCAGGCUAUCUCCAGGCUGUGUCAGCAUUUCUGGUGUUGGUACCAUUUAAGAUUAGAUUGCCUUUCCAAAAUUCACAUGUCUUUAAAAAAAAAUUCUGCUGAAGCACCACCUAUUGACUAAUCCUGUAAACGUACUCUUCUAAUCCAGGACUUUACUGUCCUUCCUUUUGUGACAUUACAUUCAGGCCUGUUUGUCCCAUCCCUAGAUGAUGAUACGUGGAUGCACACUGCUACAACUGAGAAGAGAACCUCUACUCUUCUGAAGUCGUAAACUAUUUUUCAUAGGACUCAAACUCCUGUGAAAGCUGUUUGCCACAUUCAAAUGAAAAAUAUUUCUGAAAAUUGCUGAUAACUGCAUCUAUUCAAAUACAUCAAUUCAUUACCACUCUGAAAAUGUGAUAAACAAAUAUCCUUGAACUGAAAUUCCCACGCCUGCAGCGUAAUUACGUUCUCCACUAUUGCAUUCGUUUCCUUUUUAAAAGAAGAGGGGGGGGCACUGAGCAUACUGUAACAGAAUCACAUUCAGCAUUUGGUAUUAAUACAAAGAAAUAGUACAAAAAGGUCCAUUGAAUCAUGGAGUGACUCAGAAGGCAAUAGAGGAGGGUUCUUUGGCUAUGCAGAAAUGUCAGUGGUUCAACAUGGGAGCAGAAAGCUCUUGAACAUGCUGUAAGGGACAGUUAGUUUCUUCAUCUGGUUUUUAAAAGUAAGCGAAGCGAGUCUAGCAAGGUGCGGUGAGGAAGUGUGGUGUCACAUGCCACUCUACAGGAAACGAGAUUGAAGCUGCUGGGGAAGUUAAGAGCUGGGUGACCUCCAACGGAUUCAAAUAGCACAGGAAUGUGCAACCUGGGAAAUGUUAUUGCAAUCUAAUUAACUUCAGCAAGUGUAUUCUGGACUGAACUUGCCAGGCCUCCUUUUCUGUGCAAGCAUCUCUCCUGCUGGUGACGAGGUUUCUUAGCAAGACCAGACAGAGCUCAGCCUUCCAUCAUGCCCGUGCCUCCCCCUCCAGCUCCCCCUCCCCCCCCAACUCUGGCCUUGGCAAAUACUGAAAAGCCAUCCCUAAGCAGGUCAGAACAAGCAGGGCGAAAUGCUCUAUUAUCUGAUAUUACCAAAGGAAAAAAGCUAAAGAAGACUGUUACUAAUGACAGAAGUGCUCCGAUUCUAGACAAACCCAAAGGACCUGGUGGAGGUGGCGGUGGUGGCUUUGGAGGAGGCGGCGGUGGCGGCAGCGGCGGCGGGGGUUUUGGUGGUGCCGGUGGUGGCAGCUUCGGUGGUGGAGGACCACCUGGCCUUGGAGGCCUUUUUCAAGCAGGAAUGCCAAAGCUCAGAUCUGCUGCAAGUCGAGAUGCCGAUGCCGGGGGAGGCCGCCCGCCCGCCCUGCCGCCCGGAGGCCGCUCCGCAGCCGCCAAGCCCUUCUCUCCGCCGACCGGCCCGCCGCGCUUCCCGGGGCCGCCCUCGGGCCCGCGGACCUCCGCUCCCGAGCCGCAGAGGAGCCGCAUGCCGCCGCCGAGGCCCGACGUCGGCUCCAAGCCCGACGCCGCGCCGCCGCCGGUGCCCAGCACCCCCCGGCCCGUCGCCUCCAGCCUGCACAACAGGGGGUCGCCGCCGGUGCCGGGCGUGAGCCGGCAGCCCAGCCUGGGGCCCUCGCCCCCGCCGUUCCCGGGCGGCCGCAGCGCGGGGUCGGCCGGGCCCCUCCGGCAGCCCGGCCCCAGCGCGGCGCCCCCCUUCUCCGGCCGGCCGCCGCUGCCGCCCACCCCGGGCCGGCCGGCGGAGGACAAGCCGCCGCCCCCGCCGCCCCCCGCCGGGCACCGGCCGCCGGCCGCCCGGGAGGCGGCUCUGCCCCCGCCGCCGCCGCAGAACAGCAAGCCGCCCGUGCCCUCCGCCCCCCGGCCCGGCCUCGGCGCCCCGGCGCCCCCGCCGCCCCCCAGCCGGCCGGGGCCGCCCCCCGUCCCGCCCGUCCCCGGCGGCAGCGACGAGAUGCCGCGCCUGCCCCAGAGGAACAUCUCGCUGGGGUCCUCCUCGGCCCCCGGCGGCGGGGGGGGCCGCUCCGGACCCCUGCCCCCCCCGCCCAGCGAGAGGCCCCCGCCACCCGUCAGAGACCCCCCCAGCCGAUCAGGUCCGCUCCCUCCACCUCCUCCCAUAAGCAGGAAUGGAAGCACUUCACGGGCUUUGCCCGCUGCUCCCCAGCUGCCCUCCCGGGCAGGGCUGGACAACCAGAGAGGUGGACCACGACCACCGCUUCCCCCUGACCGGCCGGGCUCAGCAGCACCGCCACCACCACCACCACCUUCAUCAGCUGUCAGAAACGGCUUCCAGGAUCCAGGUGAUGAUGAAUGGGAAAGCAGAUUUUCUUUUCAUCCGAUAUCUGAUUUGCCACCUCCAGAGCCAUAUGUACCUGUGAACAGGAGUUAUCCCAGUAAACUAGCAAGAAAUGAAAGCAGAGGUGGCUCUGGCCGAAAAGAAAGAGGUGCCCCCCCGCUUCCGCCUAUACCAAGGUGAAAUGGGUUCUGGCCCAUCCUUGGGCGAUGUCUGUUUUCAAGUUUCCUUCGAGUCAGCUCUCCUGUCCACAUCAUUGGAAAGUUGUCUGUUUUGCUUUGUUUCCACUUUUGGCUUGUCAGCUGGAACAAACUUCAGUCUCUAUUACAGAAGUAAUAGAUGCAGCUUAUGAACUAUAGUUGCUCAAAGCUAUACAUUUUAUUUGCUUAUACUGCAGGCUGUCAUGAAAGGCAUUUUGUGGACCAUGCAUAACAUACGUGCAUCAUGCUUACUGUGUCCAGCCCUGUCCUCUUGAGAGCUCCAUGGGAGGUGUGGCUUUGAAUUUAAUGAGAGCUGAAACAAAGCUGUUUCAUUCACUUUGGGUACAGCGGCUGUAUUAUUUGAACGAUAAAGUACAAUCUAUUUUCUGUUUAAAAAACUGUUGCUGGAGAAAACCGUGUAGCCAAGAGUCCCCUGGAUCCUUCUUUGCAUGCCUAACUUGGCCCGUCUGCUUCUGCAAGCCACAGACCUACUACAUGGUGACUUUUCACUUCAGCUUAGCCAAGCAAAUCCUAUUUUAAACAAUAGGUAGCACAUCCCGCUCUGAGGAUGGAUUGUGUCUGGCCUUCCUUUUAUCUGCAGAGAGUCUUUCAAAGAAAAGCACAAGUGAAGAAUUCAGCAGCAUCAAAAUACCUUCUUUUUUAUCCCUCUUUCCUUGUUUUUUAAUAGUGUUACGCUUUUAGUCACCUAAUUCUUUCCUACUCUGAUGUGGACCAACCCACAGUCAUCCGUGUCCUGGAUUAUUGUAAUGCCGUCUACCUGAGACUACAUGCGAAGAGUCUUCAGAAAGUAGUCUUGGUGAAAUGCAGCAAUUAUUGUAGUUGCAGGCUCCUUCUGUAAAGCAUCGCUAACACCAGUGCUCCACAGACUGCUUUCCAGUUGUUUCUUUGGUACAAUUAAAUCAUGGGUUUUGACUUAAAAAUCUUCGCGGGGCUUAGGUCACAAGUCUCAGAGAGACUGUAUUUGACCUGCGUUACGGUAGAGCAGCUGAGGUAAAAAAUGUGUGUAAAUGAAGGUCCUUUGAUGUAGUGAGGGAGGUCUGGGGUUUGUGCGUUCAAGUGGGAGCAUCAGCUCCAAAAUUUGCUGUCUGCACCGGUUCAAGAGAAAUGGGAAGAUUUGGCCUUCUGAGUUUGCCAUGAAGCCUGUCCUUUCAAACUUUGUUGAAAGGAAUCUCUGCAGAGAGCUGCAAGGCUUACAUUAAUAGAAGAGAGAGUAAACUAUUCUAACAUUGUGAUGAUUGGUUAAUAUGUUUAAUGGCUUUUGAAUUUUGUAUAUGAGAAAAGAGUUCAUUGUAUGAGUGCGUUUUACAAAUGGAUCUAAAUGCAUAUAAAAUGCCUUUGGAAAUUAGAGGAAGAUUAUAAUUCUGGAUUUGAAAUAUUGCUGAAUGAUAGCUCUUUGUUAAUUGGGUGUCUGAGGGUUAGCUCUGAAAAAUUUCUCCUGUCUCCUCAACAGUUUCUGUUUCUUCAACAUACUCCUUGGGAUCCCUGUAUCAAGCCUGUAUCAGCAGCCAUGCUCAAAAAAAAACCCCACCAAAAACCAAACCAAAACAAAAACUAGUCAUGUAGGUUAAGAAAAUGUUUCUCUGGCAUGGAAGACAUGAUCCUAAGUACGCUCUGUGGCUAGAAUGAGGUCAGUCCUUGAAAAUGUAUGGAAUUUAGCCGAAAAGUCUGGACCCCACUGAAGCGUUUGUGCGUAGGGCUUUUUGCUCUGUCAGUCAGCGGGGAGGGGCAGAUCCCCUUUCUGCCCGACAGCCCGGACAGCCACAGUAAAGGGGAUGAGACAGAGUUGGAUUUGGCCAGAUCAGAUUUAAUUUGGCCUUUUCAGUGUUUGUUUACAAAAUCUUGUUAGCUGUGAUAGCAUUUGAUUACGUACCUGUUUUUUUACAUUUUUAUAUCUAAUGACCUAUAUUAAGUUACUAUUUAUGGUCUUGAACCUGCAAUUAAAUGCGCAGGCGCAGGGAUGUAUCUACAUCUAAUUGCAGGAUCGUGGCUGUAAGGGUUUCUUAAACAGAUAUUAGUGGGACCUCCAUGUGACAGGUGCACCUUGGGAUCAGACCUAGCGCAAUACUGAAUUUGUAUAUGUAUUUUAUGGAUGUCACUUAAAGUGCCUGUCUCUUUGGGAUAUUAUUAUGUGAAUAGGAGUCCAAAUAAAAUUUUUAGGAUAGUAACUUAAAGGAUAAAUUAUUGUAUUCAUGUUUUUAAACUGAAGCACUUAAUAACUUUCUAAGGAACAACAUUUUGAAUUUAAGAAUACAAUAUUUUCAGUACCUUGACCUGCCAAAUCCUUAUUAAUAUCCAAAUAGCUAUGCAGCCAAAAAAAAACCCCAAACCUCCAGAAACUAUACCUUUUUUGUAACUUACCUGCUUCCAGCAUGACUGUUUUACUUUGAGUAAGUCAAUGAAAAUGCUGCACAUUGUUCUGCCAACUCCCUGCAUCGUUCAAAAUACCCUAUAUUUGAUGUUUCGAGCAACGUUUUCUGACUAGAAGUUCUGGACCACUACCAAAGACUUGGCAAACCAGCUUCAGUCUCACUUUAGAAUGUGCUGUGUAAAAGGCCCUCAGUCAACAAGCCAAGAAACCUGAGCUGCUUUGUACUAUAGAAACCUCUUCAGAAUGGAUGUUUGGCAUAUAUGUAAAAUAGCUUAACAAUGCAGAAAGAGGUAUUUUUUUCACCUAACAACAACUUACUAUUUAUAUCUUUUGCUAUAAAAGUCCCUAGAUAUAUUCCAGAACAAUGCAGCAUUUUAUCAUUCAAUAUAUUGCUUCAUAUAUCAGUAGCUAUUUACAAUAAGAUCAGUAUUAAAGUAUUUAUUUCACUAUGUAGUGUUAAAAAGAAGAAUACAAAACAGAUUGAAUCAAUGGUGCCUUAUGACUUUUUUAGUCAACUUUUCUGUCUCACUAGAAAAAUGAAUAGGUGUUGCUCUUCCAAGUCCGAAUGUAAAUAGUGCCGACAGUAGCAUUAUACAGCGUUCGAGCCAAGUCCUGCUGUUGCAAUGUGCUCAGUCUGCUAACUUCAGAUUGAGCUCAGUGUAUGGAGAGACUAUUGGAUCGGUCUUUAGGUGAGGUGUAAGCAGGCACUGGUUAGCCUCACAGUCAGUUGUUGGUAUCGCUCUGGAAAUGUAACCCUUUCCCAAAACCAGUGUCUCACGCUGCUGUCCAUACAGCCUGGCUGAGUUCAGCGUGGUUGCAGAGGUUAUUAGAGGACUAAAUUUGAUUCACUGCUUGCACAGAUUUACUGGGUUCGUUUCAAUGGCAUUGUAUUGUAAACCUUCAGACCUCAAACUACCUUUUUAUGUCAUCACUAAGACUUGCAUUGCGUGACAAUGGCCACAGAUGUUCAUUUUCGUUUAAUUCAAGUCAGUAAAUAAAGUGGGAAUAACUUUUGUACCAUGUGACAAUAAUUUUCGCUCAAUAUUUUUGGAAGAAAAACACGUUAUGUCUGUUAUGACUUUCUGCACCAGCCAUUGGGAGCAGACAUCACAGUGAUUAAUGUUCAGAGUUGUUAAAGGAAACUCAGCUUGUGAUUCAGGAAGCAUGUAUUUCUGUAAAUGAACUACUUCAAUAAGGUCGCAAAGUUCUUGUUUAGAAGCCAGCAUUUCCCAACACUAAAAGAAUCAUAAGAACGAUUUUAUUUUUUUUCUGCGAGACUGAACUAUUAAAGAAGUUCCUUAAAUUGUCACUUAAAAAACUGGACAGUAGUUUCUCCUUGCAACAACAGCUGUUUACAUGUCACUUGUAGAAGUAGGUCUUUGCUGGAGCAGAGGAUGAGGGUACUAAACUGCUGUCGUGCUUCACAUAUAUUGUAACACAACAGUUUUCUGUGCAGAAGUAUGGAAAUAGAAAGGGUACUUUUUGCCUUGGAAGCAAAGAAUAGAGUUGAAUGAUCAAACUGGGAUUAUUUCCAGCAGAAUGUCAAAUGUCAAGAGACCUAGAUAGGGCCCCUCAGGUGCAGGAUGCUGGAAAGGAGAAGAUUGCUCAAGGAAAUAAAAACCAAGUGGCUGAAUGUUGCUAUCAAUACUAGAGUACAAAUUACAAUAUAAAAUGUGCAUGUAUGUAAUACCACAUCACAAUAGUGUGAACAUCCUUGUCUCACAGUCAGGUGCAAAUAACCUGUUAUGGCGGUACAUUGACUCUGUAUAAUAUAUAUUGUAUGAACUUUAAUCUUUCAAAUGGUAUUCACCAGAAAAUAUGGAGAAUCUCUUACCUAAGAUAUCUGGUAACACAUUAAGUGUAGCUAGUUCGUGGAAUGGUUCUUCAUGUACAUUGGGAGAAAACAGGGAUCUUGCAGCCUAUAAGGUGGAAGUGUCUGGACCAUUCAGUUAAAAUGUAAACAUGGAGCAUUGGCAAAAAGGGGAGUGUUGGAGUUACUCAGCAGAAGCAGGGCACAUGUAUCAUGUUCUCAGUGAGUAAGUAGGUGGCAGGUAGGUAGGCAGACUAAAAGAAAAAAAUGAAAACCGCAUGUCUUAAAAAAGGGAGUAACCCUUCAGUAUGUUGCCAUUUUGAAAUACAGUUUGUCUGUGAUAAAUGUUCUUUAGUGUAAAGUAAUGCAUGCAAAGGAAGACCUGAAUUUGGGCUUCCAAAGCCACACAAGACUAUGAAAGAGAGGGAACCCUAACUUAAAACAGGCUGAGCAGAAUGUAACAUGUUUUAUCAGAUGCUUAAAGUUUGAGCUUUUUAUAAAAUAUUAAUCUAGUUCUGUGAAUAUUUUUUUGCUCAACAUUUAUUUUGUAUGUGGUUUUGUUCUCUUUAUUUUUCUGUCCUAUGCCGAAUAAAUUUUACUUUUAUUUAA